UUUUGAGAGUUUUGAGCUUGGCCUUCGAGGCGCCGGUGCCAUGCCUCCUGUGCAGCGAAAGGCCAAGGCCAACGGCCAUGCCAAAGCUGAGCGGGAUAGCGACGUUGACGUGCUCCUGCAGGGUGCCGUGACGGGCAAGUGGACGGAUUCUUUCAUCGUCCUCGCGGCUUUGCGCUGGGCCGUCGGCCGAGGGAUGGAGCUUUACGAAGCUCGCUCGGGCUCAGCUCGAGGCGCGGCAAAGCAGAAAGGCAACCAGCAGCCUGAACUCAAGGAGGCGGCAGCGCAGUUUGUACAGGCACACAAAGUGCCUUUGGGCUUGGUGGCAAUCUUUGUUGUGACUUGUGCUAUCAUCAUCGGUGGCGAAAGCUUGGAUAGGUUGCCAGACAGGCCAUUGGAGCAGGCAGAAGACUAUUAUGGUGUGCUGGGCGUCACACGUGAUGCCGAAACCGGCGACAUCAAGCGCGCCUACAAGACUCUGGCUAAACGCUGGCACCCAGACAGGAAUCCGAAUUGCAGCUCAUGCCAGGAGACGUUCUCGCAAAUCGCCAUGGCCUAUGAGACGCUGUCAGAUGAUUCAAAGCGUGCGGCUUACGAUGAAGCCGGCGUAGCUGCAUCUGAAUUGAAGUCAGCAAAAAGUGUACCACUGACCAGGGAGAACUUUGAUGAGCUAGUGACCUUCUCCAACGAUGUUUGGAUUGUUCAGGUCUUCCGGCCAGACAACUCCCAUUGCGCCAGUUUCCACCCUUUCUGGGAGAAUCAGGUUCAGAAGUACGGGCACCUGGUGCGAUUCGGCCGAAUUGACGUCACUGACGAUCAGGCCAACUGGCUUCCCCUGAAGGUGCGCGUGCUGCCGACCGUCCUGAAGUUUGGGAGGCAUUUGGGCACUGUGGAGAUUUUUCCCAUCACUCAGAUGCACGAGACACCGCAGGCAUUGAUGAAAUUUGUGCUUACCUCCUUCCCGAAUAUCGGCUUGCCACUUAAUGUGGACAAAGGUGCUCUGACAAAGUGGCUGAGCAAGUCGACUCGGCACCACAAGGUGCUUUUUGCGAUCCCUGGCAAAAGCGAGGAAGAGCGGUACAAGUCUCACUUGGUACCGCGAAAGCUCGCGGCUAGAUGGUCUGACAUUUUUGACAUGCGGUCUGCGGAGACCAUGCUUUUGCACGACUUGCCUCUGCCGCCCGAGGUGAAGGCCGCCCUUCCUGGCAAGAAUGAGUCCAAGGGCGCGGUGCUUUUCUUCCCCGCGACCAGUGCCAGAGUGAAGGCCUUCGCAGUCUUCGACUGGCCUGCGGGAGAGGAGGAGAUCGUCUUGGAGCUGCUACGGUUCACGGCGAUGGUGGGGGUGCCGCUCAGCGUCCAGGGCGCCGAGCUGAUGUGCCGCUCCCUGGCCAUUCGCCGGGUCUAUUGCCUGGUGCUGCUGGAUGCCUCGGAUACGGCGAUGGCACGCGCCGCCCGAGAUCUGGAGGAGUCCAGAACACAGUACCAGACGGAGGUAGCCGAGAUCCGCGCCGGCGGAGGGGAGGUGUCGGAGGACGAGGACAACUUUGUGGUUCCAACGCUUCGGCUCUUGCGCCACCCUUCGUUGCAGCCCUCCGUCGCCUCCUGCUUCGCGCCCAAAUUUCCGCAGGUGGAGCGCGCCCUAGGAGCCUCCAGCGCCUUCCUGAUGGACAUGGACACCUCCCGCAUUGCUCCGCUGCGCUUAUCAUCUUUCCGUGGCCUAUACCCCCAGAUUGCCUAUGAGGACAGCCUCACCUGGGUUGACAUUGACACCAUCCGGUCCCUGCCCGAUUGCAGCGAGGGCUUGCGGCAGCGAUUCAUGCGGCAACUAGCUCGCGCUUCCACCACGGAACUGGCGUGGCAGCUGCUGCUUGCGCUGUUCCUGGUGGAAGCCACAGCCAAAGCCUUGACCAGUCAAUCCAUGCGCUGGUGCUUCGGUGUCCUGGGCUUGACCUUGGCCCUUUUGCUCAGGUCUCCGGUGUUUUGGCGUCAGCUUGAUGCUUAUGUGCCUGACUUCCUCCGAGCCGCGCAACUCAUUGAGCUUUAGUGAG